AUGCUCACAAACAAGGAGCCUGUAGAGAAGUAUCAGGGAGCCAAGGCCAUCUCGUACGAUGCCACGCCGCCCACGUCGCAGUCUUCAGAGGACGAAACGAGCAUGUACAACACGCCCAAGACGUCACUGGACGACUUUGAGCUGCUUAAGGUCAUUGGUAAGGGCUCUUACGGCAAGGUGACGCUCGUGCGUAAGAAGGAGGGCAAGCGUUUGUUCGCCAUGAAGUCACUCAACAAGUCCAACGUCAAGCGACGCAAUCAGGUGGAGCACACGCGUACAGAGCGACGUGUGUUGGGUCGUGCGAAGCAUCCGUUCAUUGUGCACUUGCACUACGCCUUCCAGACGUCGCAGAAACUCUACUUCGUGUUGGACUACUGCCCUGGUGGUGAACUGUUCUUCCACCUCUCGCGUAUGGAGAAGUUCGAGCCCAGUAUGGCCAGAUACUACUGUGCUGAGAUCACACUGGCAUUGGAGCACUUGCACGACCUCGGUGUUGUCUAUCGCGACCUGAAGCCCGAGAAUAUCCUGUUCGACUCCGUUGGCCACGUUCUGUUGGCUGACUUCGGUCUUGCUAAGGAGGGUAUCACCGAUGGAGCUGAGGGUACCAACUCGAUGUGUGGAACGCCCGAGUACUUGCCUCCUGAGAUUCUGGACCGCGUUGGACACGGCACAGCUGUCGACUGGUGGGCUAUGGGCAUGGUGCUGUACGAAAUGCUGACUGGCUUGCCGCCUUGGUACACUCGCAACCGCCAGAAACUGUUCGACCGAGUGCGCAACGCUCCGUUGACGUUCCCGGACGACGUGGACCCCGUGGCUCGCGACUUUAUCAGUGGAUUGCUCCGACGCGACCCCAUUAAGCGCCUAGGUAGCAAGAGCGCAGACGAGGUGAAGAACCACCCGUACUUUAGCGGCAUGAACUGGCAGGACCUGUACGACCGCAAGAUCCCGCCUCCGUUCAACCCGUGUGCCGCUGCUGGCAACGCUGAGGAGACCAAGAACUUCGAGGCCGAAUUCACCAAGAUGCAGAUCAACAGCGUCGAGAACUCGGCUCUGGGAGGCGUGCGCGUGUCAGACGCGUCUCGUCCGUCCAUGACGUUCCAGGGUUUCACGUACAAUACGCCAAACGAUCUGUCCAUGAGUGGCUCUGUGGGCCGAAGCUAA